GCGGCCCGCCUCGGGGGUGAAUAAGCUGUUGCGGCUUGCAACUUACAAAGUCAGAGAAAAGCGAGGCGGAGGAGGAGGUGUAGGAGGAGGUGGAGGAGGUGUAGCUGUAUCAUAAUGCGAUAAACUGAAGCUGUGUCGCCUUGAAGGAGUAAAAAGUUUUCAGUCUACCGCUGGCUGACUCACGGAGCUUUAAGUUUACGUGGAUUUUUUACAAAGUUGGGAAAAGAUGUAGCUACUUUUUUUUUAAGCCGUUUUUUUUUUGGCCGUUACUUCACGAUGGAGGAACGUGCGACAAGAGACUUGGAGAUGUCAGACGGCGCCUCGGACGACGACAUGCCCUUAACGUUACCCACAGAGGGCGGCCACGGCGGGAGCAUCCGCAAGGGGUGUGAUCCUUUGGCACAGACUCAGCGCAGUAAACUGCAGCACCGGCGAGCUCGCAUCAACCAGCAGAUCAACAAGGAGAUGCGCAUGAGAGCCGGAGCGGAAAACCUCUUCAGGGCAACGACCAACAACAAGGUGAAGGAGACGGUAGCUCUGGAGCUCAGCUUUGUCAACUCCAACCUGCAGCUGCUCAAAGAGGAGCUGGAGGAGCUCAACAGCAACAUGGAGGUCUACCAGACAGACAGUGAGGCCAUCAACGUUCCCAUGAUCCCACUCGGAUUAAAAGAAACCAAAGAGGUGGACUUCACAGUGUCAAUCCAGGACUUCAUCUGUGAGCACUAUGGAGAGGACUGCUCUCUCUACGACAAGGAGAUCAAGGAGCUUAUGGAGCUCAGACAGGCCAUGCGUACACCCAGUCGUAACCAGGCCGGCCUGGAGCUACUGAUGGAGUACUACAACCAGAUGUAUUACCUGGACCAGCGCUUCUUCCCCUUACACAGGAACCUCGGCGUGCACUUCCACUGGUACGACUCUCUGACAGGCGUCCCGUCGUGUCAGCGUACGUUGGCCUUCGAGAAAGGAAGUGUGUUGUUCAACAUCGGUGCUCUGUACACACAGAUCGGAGCACGGCAGGACCGCUCGACAACGGCUGGCAUAGACAAAGCUAUUGAUGCUUUUCAGAGAGCUGCAGGUGCAUUUAAUUACCUUAAGGACAAUUUCUCCAACGCUCCGAGUCUGGACAUGAGCGGUCCGUCGCUCUGCAUGCUGGUACGACUGAUGGUCGCCCAGGUCCAGGAGUGUGUGUUUGAACGUGUCACACUCACCACACAGGACACACACUUGACUUCCCAGCUGCGCCUGGCACAAGAGGCUGCACGGGUGUCAGACGUCUACUUGUUAGUGCAGCAGACCAUGGCGCAGCCUCUCAUGAAGGACUACGUGCCGUUUUCUUGGGCGUCCAUGGUUCAGGUCAAAUCUGAACACUUCCGCGCCCUCUCACACUACUAUGCUGCUGUUGCACUCUGUGACCACACGUUGUCCACUGAGGAGGAGGAGGAGGAGGAGGAGGAGGAGGGUGAUGAAGAAACAGAGAAGGCUUUCCUCCACUUCUACAUCAACGUUCCUGCGGGGCCACCGCUCAGCCAGGUUCUACGAGAUCCUGAAAAGAGAAGAAAGCUUGGUAAAGCUCACCUGCGGCGUGCGGUAAUCAGACAUGAGGAGGCCAUGCGUGUCCACAGUCUGUGUAAGAUCCUGAGGAAGAUGGACAUCCUGCAGGACGUGCUGUCUCUCACACACAAACGCUCUUUGGACAAGUACUCCGAGCUGGACAGAGAGGACGACUUCGAUGAAACUGCAGAGGCUCCAGAGAUCCAGUCUCAAACCCACCAGAAACCUGACAUCACUCCACCCAACUUCUCCACAGUCCAAGUUACUGAUAUCUUCCAAAGACUGGGGCCUCUGUCAGUGUUUUGUGCACGUGCUCGCUGGGGUCCUACACGUGUGAUCUGCCUGCAGAGGAGAGAGGGUGGACUGGGUCUCACACUCAGAGGAGACUCCCCCGUCCUGGUGGCUGGGGUGGUGCCGGGAGGCUGCGCAGCGGAGGCAGGACUACGAGAGGGAGACUACAUCGUAGCCGUGGACGGACAGGACUGUAAAUGGGCCAAACAUGGCGAGGUGGUCCACAUGCUAAAGAGCUGUAGUGACAGAGGAGUGGAGCUCAGCGUGGUCACAUUACACUCACAUGACACACAGGUGGAGAGGAGGGCCAUUAUGCUGUCCCACUGCAGCGAUAAAGAAAACACUCGACAGCGUCUGCUGGGUGGAGCUAAAGGCCAGAGCUCCGCCUCUCUGUUGAACUGGAACAGGAAGAAGAAGAGGGAAGGCGGCGGGGUCACCAAGAGACUAGGAAGCACUUUCAGUUUGUCGUUUGGAAGCAUCCGAGACACCGAGUCCAUGUACUGAGGCAGGACUGCAGAGGAACCACUCAGGGAAUCACAGCAGUGGGACACGUGGUACGAUUAGGAGUGCAUCCAGACCGUCAGGAUGCUGCUGCAGAGAAAAGAGCACACAUACAAGCAGAACAUCUUGUAGCUUGUUGCUAAAUUUAACAUUUCAAGAGUGAAGAGGGAGGAUCUUGCUGCCAUGAUCAUUUUCAGAGUCGGCCCAUGUUGCCUCAGAGGAUACACUGUACUGCCUUGGAGUCGAGAGCCGCGCUCAGACUACAGGAGUUUUGGGCAGAUUCACCUCAGACCCACCUCUCCUGAUAAUCUGAGAACAAAUCUGGUCCAGGACCUUUGGUCAGUACCAACGUUCGGACCAGAUUAUCUGAUGGUAAUUUCAAACAUGUUUGAUAUUUAGGAUCAGUACUUUCCAAGCGGGACCACGAAAUCCGAUGAAAGAGGCAAGUCUACUAGGAGACGGAGCAGCUGACGUGUUGCCAAGCAACGGUAAACAUCCUUUAGUUAGCACACAACUGUUGAUAAAACAGUUCAAAUCUCAGAGGAGAGAUAACCUGUGACGAUCGCGUCUCAUCCUGACUUGUUUUGCCUUCUGCUUAUUUUUAAGUUUGUUUACAUGAGAAGGUCGUGCGUGUUAAUGUUGACGAUGAUGAUGAUGAUGAUGAUCUUGUAGUGUGUCCAUGUCUGAGAUUGGAAGUAGUCUGAGCCGGGUUUAAAGGUUUAAAAAUAAGGAAAAUCUCUGAAAUCUUUGGAAAGGCCCAAAUUGGUGUGAAUACAGCUCUGGUAAUUAGCCUAGAUUGGCGCAAACUAAAACCAAGACAUGUUUGAAGUCUUCAUCCUCGGUAUGUUACACCACCAGCUCCUGAUUUAAAAGUAGUUUAGCUCACAGACUAUCCCACUGUUGCUCCUGCUUUGAUCUGUGUACAAUGACACAGCUAAAAAAUAAAUAAAAGCGGUGAUUCACCUCGGGAUCUUCUCAACUGAAGACUCAGAUCAUCGACUUUAAGGGGGGCAGCCCUGGAAUGAACAGGAAGAACUGGAGUUACUGGUGAGUUCUGAGUUUAUUCUGGCUGCCGCACAAACGCGUCAUAUUCUAGUCAGCUAAACAGCUAAUGUUUGUACAGAUGGUACGCUGGCUGUUUGGAUCAAAUUAGUCUGACUCACAGGAAGUAGGCUGUUGGUAUAAACCUGCCAUUUGCUGACUGUUUCAGUCUGCAUCCCCUGUCGUCCAACAUUAUUUUGCAAGGGCACCAUCACUGCAUCCUCAGCUUAGCACUGUCCAAGACAAUUGUACAAACAAGUUAGUGUUUUUUUUUUUCCCCUAAAUUCGAGUCGGGCCAUUCUCUAGUGCUGACAGAGCAUUAAAACCAAGUGUGGAGAUCUGCGAUGUGAGACCAGGGUCAGAUAAACAGACUGCACAGAAAGUACAGCAGUCGAAUUUGUGCACGCGAAGAACGGAUUUGCUUUCUGUCCAAACACAAGUCUUAAAACCAGAAUGCCUGGUUCUGCUUACCGAUGAUAUAGAGCAGCAUGUUUUUUAAUGCACAUCAGCUGGACUUCUCUGUGAGACGCCACAGACGGUUAAAGAAUAUAUCACAGCAAACACGAGACCAAAUUAUGACUUGAACCACGACUAACAGUAAGUCUGGAGUUAAGGAUUCACACAUUCACAGCAUCUCUUUUGCUUUUAACGCAGACAGUCUUAAUUGAGUCUUUUUAAAAACCUGAAAUCUGCUUUGUCAAAAUAUUUGUCCACCUUUAUCGACGAAGGUUAAGACACACCGGGCGUCGCGUGACGCAAACACGCCUGUUUGCUUUUAUUCUUUGUAAGAGCAGAGAUGUUGGAUUACUGAAAGCUCUAUUAUACAAUACGUAACUGAGAAGGCAGAGCAGAAUUAACAAGCAGGCGCCGUUUCUCUCGUGUCUUACGUGGUUCUCUGAGGUUACAGUCUCCUGUUUAACCGCUGAAGUGCUCCACAAACCACCUUAAACUGUUUGAUUUGAACUGUACUUCACUAAGAAGUACAAUGUAUUAUUCAUCCUCGGAUCAGUGUUCUUGGAGAAAUAUCUUUGUCGUUUUUAGAUGAUUUAAAAGCACUUCAGAGGGUUUGUUUGUAGUCUAUUUGAAAUGCACUGUGAAGAUUGAAAAGGACAAAUCUCUUAAUGUAGCUGUGACGUGAUGUUACAAUGAUGAACACGAAAGGCUGUGUGUGUGUUUUGUAUUGUUUUAUCUAUCUACCAUGUUCUGUACGGUUUCUGAGGACAUGAACGCCACUGCACUGUAUGUUACAGUCAGCCAAUAUUAGGAGCAGUAGAUGACGAUGUUAGUGGAGGAAAAAAAUGUUUCUUGUGAUUAACAUUGUUUGGACUUUUUGUAAGAUUUUGAUACAAUUUUUAGAAUUGUGAGAAUUUUAGCACAUUGUUGUUCGGUCCAGCUAAAAAUGAAUGAGUGUUGUUGUUUCGUCUGUGUGAUGUUUGUGCCACGGUGGUUUAUAGUUACGAGUACGGGAAGCCAGAGGGGACAAACACAAAGAUUUCUCAUGUUUUCACAUGAUUGUGUUAUUGUUUCAUGUAAAACACAAAAACAGUGUUGACAAUUGAUCGCAAAAUAUCUUUUUAUUCUCUUAAUCGUACAAUUAAUUUCAAGGAAACAACUUUAUGUUGUGAUCACAACUGAUGCCCUCUCUGCAGCUCUGUGUGUGUGUGGUGAGUAAAUGUCAUUUUCUUUCUGUGUUUGAAUAUCUGAUCAUCCCUUAAUGACUGCAUUCAGGGGUUUGCACAGUAUUUUUUUCAUGUUUAAAUAGAAUUAAAGUGAACAAUGAACUGUUA